CCGCUUCCGCCGGGGCGGGGGCCGGACGCCGUAAAGGCGGCGGGGCCGGACUGGGGCAGGCGCAGCGUCCCCGUCCGUCCCCCUCUCCCAGCCAUGGCGGAGGCGGCCUCGCAGGAUCUCCUGCUGGCAGCAGCGUUUGUCUCCGAUGCGCAGUACAACAGAAAUAUUCCUUUUAAGACCUCCCCGGAGGCAGUCAGGCUUUAUUAUCUCUAUAACCACUGGAUUAUGCGAACAGUCACCUACUUCUUCAUCUUUCUCAACCUAUCCCUUGCAGUGUUUGAAGAACCUGCUGUGUAUCCGCUCCCCUUCCUGGUCACUUCUCUGGUUGAGGUGUUGUGCCUUCUGGUGUUCUUUGGCCGACUGACACAUUUUGCAAAAGUGACCUUUCGCAACGUAUUCUGGAAGGAUACCAAGAACAUCUGCAUCAUGGUUGCAAUCCUGUUAUCCCUAACAGACUUGGCCAUAUAUGGGAUCCUCAGGAUAUACAACAUAAGCAGCAUUAGAUGGUCAAGAAUUGUGAGACCCAUCUUCCUGAUCAACUUUGCAGAGAGUCGCCAGAUUCGGAGGGCCUUCCGCAGCAUCCGCAACACGCUGCCAGAGAUCACCUACGUCUUCUUGCUCUUCAUGUUUAGCCUUCUCAUGUUCUCCCUCAUGGCCUUGAAGCUGUUUGGUGAGAGGAAUCUCCAGACAGCAGAAGGCUUGCCGUAUUUCAAAAACUACCUAGGAAUUGUGUUUGACCUCUAUGUGCUGGUGACAACAGCAAACAGCCCGGAUGUCAUGAUGCCAGCAUUUGACUUCAGCUCAUGGUAUGCCCUGUUCUUCAUUGCCUUUGUCAUUGUCAACACGUAUAUCUUCAUGUCUCUCUUCCUGGCUGUCGUGUACAACAACUACAAAAAACACCUGAAGAAUGAGAUCCGUAAGCUUGCUUACAUGAAGCACCGCAAGAUGAUAGAGGCCUUCAACCUCCUGAAGGAAGAGGAAGGAGCACAGUUUGUGGUUAGAGAAGCCCGGUGGAAGGAGCUUGUCAAGCUGGUGGCUCCUGAUAUCAGCAGCUCCCACCGAGAGCUGCUGCUACGCAUCUCGGAUGAUGAGCAGAAGGGUUUCAUAGAUAAGAAGUCCUUUGUACAACUGGCAGAUCUCCUCAACAUCCAGGUGGUUACCCUGAAAAUACGCAGCCAUCCACUGAACCAAUGGAUGCCUCGUGUGUACAAGUCAGCAGUGAGUCAGUUCCUGCGCAGCAUGGUCAGGCACAGGGGAUUUGUUUGGACUUACGAUGUGAUCAUUCUAAUAAAUGCUGUUUUCAUUGCUCUGGAUGAGGCAUCCCCCUAUAUUUCUUAUGCAGAGUGGGUCUUCCUUGCUUUGUAUAUAACUGAGAUACUCCUGAAAGUGUACACUUACGAACCGAGGGCGUUCUUUGGAAAAAAUCAGUUCUGGAACUGGUUUGAUACCCUCAUCAUCUUUGCUGCCUUGACUGCAACAAUACUCAAUACCACCCUGAAAUCAACCACGAAGUACAACAGCCAACAGAUCCUGGACAUUGUCUUCAUCUUAAGGGUCCUCAGGCUAGUAAGGAUUGUUGACAGCAUUCAAAGGUUCCGGGUCAUCAUGAACACGCUGAUAAACAUCGUACCGACAAUGUUGACAUUUGGUGGGCUGACUCUGGUUGUGUACUGUGUAUUUGCUAUCAUUGGUAUGGAGUUAUUCCAUGGGAAAAUCCAGUUCUUUCCUGCAAACUCAAAUGCUCCUUAUGCCCUGGAAUGUGGAAACCCAGCUCUCAAGGAUUCUCUGUUUGCCCGUGGGAAAUACUGCAAGAACAACUUCAACAACUUUGUAUCAUCCUUCAUCGUCCUGAUGGAGCUCACUGUAGUCAAUCAGUGGCAUGUCUUUGCCAAUGGAUUUGCCAACGUGACGGUUCAGCCUGCGAAGCUGUAUUUCAUUGCCUUUCACAUUGUGAUGGUGAUAAUUAUUGUCAAUAUCUUUGUGUCAUUCAUUUUGGAAGCUUUCUUUGUGGAGUACUCGCUAGAGAAGAGUGAAGUAGAAACGGCUAUUGAGCAGAAAAUCCAGGAGCUGGGAAUGGGAGUUCAAGAGGAUAAGCUCCAGGAUGAGCAGCUCCUUGAUAACAUGGAGAGUGAUGAGCACGACCUCGAGGGGGAAGGUGGAACAAAGCGACAGGCUAAAGGGCUGGUGUUUAAAAUCGCCUCCAAACACCCUCCUGUGCACACUUUGGUCAGUAGCCAGUCUAUGAAGAUGCUGCUUUGGUGGUUGAGAUCCUGCUGUUGCCAAGAAACCUGUCCUCUGCUUUUCACCCUCCUGGUACAGGACGGUUGAUGCUCUGCUCCAGCGGAUGUUUGAAGCUGAGAUCCCCCUUGAGGACGAAGGCCCUUCAUUUGAGGAGAUCUUAAACUUGUCCCCGGCCCCUGCUGUACCCAGUGACCUGACUUCUGAGCGUGCAGCAUAACGGGGGGCAGCCCGUGAGGAGAAACUGGUUCUGCGCUGCCUGGCUGGGGUGCUCCCCGGCUGGCUGCUCCCCCGUGCCUGGGGGCUGGGCCACGCCGUGGAGAGGGCAGCUGAUGCCAGAAAACGGCUUCAUCAUGUAAAGGAGCUUUAUCUCGUGCCAAGUCCGGUAAAAAUGUUGAAACUGGGGAUGCUCUCCUGGGAAGCAGAGGGAGAGGGAAGUACCUGACUGUGCCAGUCGAGUGAUGGUGCAGUAUUCAGUAUGUUAUGUUACUUGUAACUGGAACCUUGUAUUGCAGCACUUUUAUAUGCCUAUAUGGACCCAUGUAAGCUGAAUUAAUCAGCUCUUCAGUACAUUAAAUUCAGCAGUUUAAAAAA